AUGAAGUCUGAGACAGAGUAUAAAAGGGCGCGCGUUUCAUCAGUUCGUCACUUGGCCUUGCAGCUUCAAGAAAGAAACAGUUUGAAGACAAGAACGAUGAAGACUUUUGCGCUGUUGUGUUUCCUCUUAUUGGCUUCGGCCUGCGUGUUUGGUACGUAUACGAAUUACUAACUUGUGAGGACAGUGAUUUGGAAUCACUCAUCGGGACAUGAGAUUGUUAAAGGCAAAGCACGAUUGGUCCUAACCCUGGGUUAAAAUGUAUUUCUACACGUCUGUUUAUUUCAGAAUAGUAGAAAAUUAAACAUCUGAUAAUCCAGACAAGAUUUCUGAAAAAAAUAUUAGUCCAAGUUUUUAAACACAGCUGCUCGGAAGCUUGCAUGGAAUUUUACGUUAACCGAGGGUUAAGUUAACCAGCCUUUGAACAACUGGCCCCAUUUUAGCAUUAAACAUUUUUCGACGCUUCGAACGAACGACGUGCCACGUUCAGACACGAAUUUGGUAUUUUUCUCAAGGCACAACAAUGAUAUUUUAUCGCCAAGCUAAAAGAACUUUUUCAUUCUUUCUAACCAAUAGUAGCUCGCGCGGAAGAAGAGACCGCUGUCGAGGAACCCAAGACAGAGGACCAGCCAGAGGUCGCUGCUGACGAAGAACAACCCGAAGAGGAGGCAACGGAGAGCGACGAAGAGGAGAAGGAAGCUGACGAAGAAAGCGAAGACGAAGAAAAUGACGGUAUAUAGUCAAGUAUUUUUGACAUUGCGCAUUUUUGCGGCCUGAGAUGUGUUUAGAAAAUAAAUCUUUUGUCGGACAAAGAACUCAUCAGAAUAGACAAUAAUUAACAUGAUAUUUUACAGAAGGAUACUUCCAAUCGACAACCGUUUUUGUUACUUGCGAAUAGGGCAAGUUAGACAUGAAAAUUAGUUGCCCGGAAUAAAAUUCACUUUAAUCCAUCAGGUCUAGUGUUGUCCUCGCAUAUUGAAAAAAUUUGAAGCAAACGAUUGUCGUAAGGAUUGAUUAAUCGAGAUUCUAUAUGUUAUGUUUUCCUUAACAAAGUCAUUUGAAGACUUGAUCACGAGGUGUUGAUUUCAGCUCAUUUACUAAAAUAAAGAAUCGAAAAUAGAAUGCAUGAACAAGCAAACAAUUUUGUGUAGCAAAACCUAUAGUUUACAACUUAUAGCUUAGAAAACCUAUAGUUUACAACUUUACCCAGCUCAAGUAAGGUGGGCAUAGUUCAGAUUUACCCUGCAGAGAGAACAGUAUUACGCACGUAGUUUAGUUUAGUUUUCCUCUGGAUCAAGAAGAGUUUAAAAAUGAUAGCCGCCAGUACAAAUAAAAUUAUGUUUUGUUUCCUUAAGAAAUAUAUAAUAAAAGAAAUCUUCCUUUCUUUAGAAGAAAACACCGACGUAGCUGAGGACGAGGAGAAAGAAAGCGACAGUCAGUAUAUUUCAAUAGUUAUAUAUUUCAAUAGUUUCAAUGUAAUUUAUUGCCGAUUUUUUAAAACAUUUAUUGAAAAAGAUUAUGUUGUAUAUAUAAGGCCUUGCCAUAUGCCGAACCUUUUGAUACAAUCAAGUAACUCGGAUCCAAAUUGUCGAGUAUAAAAACGUUAGGCUUAUGAAUAUUUUAGAAUAUCUGGUAUCCAUAUUUCGCUUAAUAACAUAUUUACUACUUUGUGACGUAAUCGUUGGGAAAAUGUUAUAUUUUCGUGUGUAAAGCCCUGGGCAAACUAGAAAACAUUGUUGUGGAAACAUUUGUGCCUCUCGAUGUUUCCACAAAUGUUUCCAUGUUUGCCCACCCGUGGAAAUAUUGUUGCGGAAACAAAAUUUGCUUCCCGAGAAGCAAAAAUGUUUCCUAGCAAAUUCAGAAACAUUUGAUGUUUCCUAUGUUUCUCACUAAUGUUUCCUAUAGUGUUUGGCCACUCUGGGAAACAUGGCGAUACAUUGGCAGGAAACAAUGUUUCCGCAACAAUGUUCCCUAGUUUGCCCAGGGCUUAACAUAACUCAUGUUGUAUUCGUUACAACCAGACCAUGCAUGUUCCUCACAAAUGUGGCUUGUAUCUUCAGGUUACUAUCCGGUUCAUAAAUGCUCGAUACACUUGAAGUGUAGACCUGUCUGCCGAAAGAAGGUGUGUAGUCGACGUCGAUGUAAGAGGGUGAAAUGUGGUUCCAGAAAAAUAUGCCGUAAAAUCAUCAAAAUCAGAGUCGUCAAAGUACAAUACAAAAUCGACAGCUAUGAUGGCUACGGAUAUGGACCCAAAUACGGAUACAAGAUCAAGAAGAUCCCGCACAAAGUGAUAAUCUGUCACCGCAUCCCCAAGUAUUGCACAAGAUGUCACACCAUUCGUUAUGUCUGUGGGAAAAUCUGCCACAAAGUGUGCCACAAGGUCAAGAAGGUAAGGAAUAUAUUUGUAAAUAUUCUAAAUUUAUCCUAAUACAUUAUAAAUGGUCUGGCUUCAAAAUGGCCUAUUUAAAUCAAAACAUGUGAUUUCAGCAAACAGAUGGAUUUUCGGUACCCGAGGUUUGUGUCUGAACUACACACCGUAAAAACGCACAAGUUGUUACAAGUCUGCAAACAAGUUGUUGCAGAUCUGUUCACAAGCUGUCGACAAGUUGUGUUCGCACUGCUUGUUCCCAGUUGUUGUAACAAGUUUGGAACAAGCUGUUGUUAAAUUGUAACAAGCUUGAUGGCAUUAUCAGACUUGUUAAAAGGUUGUUCUAUAACAAGUUUGAUACAGUCACGAUAUAACAGGAAUGUUACAAGGUUGACGACACAAGAUUGUAACAAUAUUGUUAUAUCAUGACUGUAUCAGACUUGUUGAAACAACCUUGCAACAAGUCUGAUAAUGCCAUCAAGCUUGUUUAAUAAAAGUUGUUAACAGCUUGUUGCACACUUGUUGACAACUUGAGACAAGCAGUGCGAAUGCAACUUGUUGAUGGCUUGUUGACAGACUUUCUACAAGAUGCGAGAUUUUUACGUGUGUACCUUAUGACAAAAGUAGUAAAUGCUUGCAACGUCGAAGCCCACUGUUCCACAGGUACUUCAACAUAAACAAAAGGCAGUUUUUACAAUACCACCUACAUUGGACCUCCGUAUUAAUGCACUGGCCAUUGUCUAUAAUUCCAACAUAAAGAUAGCAAUGAAUUAAAUUACUUACUAUUUCAUUUUCUAGUGUUAUAAGUCUUACUACUGAACACAUGUGACGAAGGGACACCUGCUUUAAAACGGAUUAUUACGAAGGAAUAAAAUUUAAUAGAAAUAUAAAAUGUAGUCGAAAAUCUACAAAGUAGUGUUCAUUUAUUUUAGAAAUAAAGUUUGAUUGCAAAAUAUGAGUGUGUUGUUUUUUAUUUCCCAAAGUGCGG